GCCACGCCCUCUUCAUCCAAGGCUCCGCCUUCAGCCUUCACCGCACAUCCUGCUGAGGUCUCUGCACAUGGACCAGAACUGUACUGGAAUCCUCUGCAGGUAUUGGAGAUUAACCUUCCCGUAGUAAAGUCACAAGCACAAGUUCUGGUUUGUUGGACUGUGCUUGCGCCGCCUCAAUCACUGUGUGAUUAACUGUCAUUCUGUUAAAUGACCACUUGUGGGUGCUGGAUGUCUAUCGCUGAGACUGCAGUCCUAAUAAUAGCCACAAGAGGGCACUAGCCUCUCCUUCAGCCACUCUUCACCCAUCGCUCACACGGUUCGUUUCCGUGGUGUGUGCAUGGCUGCGUAGCCACUCUUUCUGUCUUCUGCUUUGCUCCAUAUAAGUUUGAGAACACAGGUUGUUGUAUUACAUCUGCUAUUCAUCAGCACAUAUUCUGUGAGGCUGUUGGCGAUGGGCCUUUUCUCGGGGUUUUCCGUUGGCUCAUUUGUUAAGUUGCCCAUGUCCUUCAUUGUCCACCGAAAAGGUGAGGUAACUGAGUCAUGAGUUAUCCUUUUGUCUCUACUCCAGCACCUCGGAUCAGGUAACAGUGAGGUAGAGGGAACGGUUUUCAAACUGAUUUAAAGAAUAUUUUAAUCGUGUAGGAAUAAUAGCCCUUAUAUAGUCUUCCCAAUUUAGGAGACCAUAAGUAAUUGGACAAUUGGCUGUUCAUGUUCAAAAGGGUUAACGCGAGGCCUAGAGUUGAUUCUAGAUGUGUCACCUAGAGGACCAAAGCAAUGCCAGUGUCGUUAAUACAGUCUUAAAAAACGCAUCAAUCUCAUUGAUUUCCAGAUCAUUCCGUUUCGCAUCUCCAGAUUAAGACAAGGCUUUAAAAGACUUUCAAAUAGUGACUCACCAAUUAGCAGUGCAAACUGUUAAACAGAACCUAGUGUAGGAUGUAGGCAUAAGUGUGUCAAAGAUGAGUUUAAAUACGCAAGCACUGCUUCAGAGGGGCCACCGCACGGCCCCGGUAAGCUUCGAGAACAGAAAGGGCAGGUGUAUUCUGGGGCAAUGUCUUCGCUAAAUAAAACAAAGGGGGUUUGAAUGUAUGGCUGCUAGUCCCUGCUGGAACUUGUUCACUUGUCUUUACUGAUGAUGUCCUUAUUGAUGAGGCUUCAACUGAAAAAGCCUUUAACAACCAACCUACUAACCUAGUGUUUGCACCUGAUAAGUACAGUGCGAAUCCAUUCAACACUGUCGUUUGAUGGACUUGGUGGUCUAUUUAUCUUAUGGUCUAAUAGGUUGUUUGACAACUUCAAUUUCACAGUGUGUUUGUGUGUUUACAGGGUGUGGGGACAGGGUGGAUGUGAGCCUCCAGAGGUUGUCUACAGACACCUGUUAGACAAAGGGACGUUAAGCCACAGGCUGAAUGAGCAGGGGAUUAGUCCUGUCUCCUGCCAAAGAGAAACGUGCCUCUCCUCUUACACACCGAUGACCAGCGUGCCUCUGACCCGCUCGUCCUCAACACCUGGCUUCCUUCCAAUCAUGCCUGAGGAGAUUAUUAUCCACUGAAAUAGACUUCAUACUCUAAGUAGUUUAGCGGUCUGUUGCUGAGUGUGUGUGCGUGUGUGUGUGUUACCUCUCUGACAUCCCCACAGUGCCAGUUGAGUCAGCUUUCCAUGUGCCUGUCUGAGUCAUCUAUCUCAAGGUUGCCUAGAGACCAUGUUGGGGGAGAUGUUUCCUUUUGCGCAAAGGCUGAUGUAGGUUUCCAAUAUUUAUUCAAGCCCUGCUCUGAGAGGGGAGGAGAAAAUCAUACAUUCCUUGAUUAUUGAGUGAGUGUUCUUCCAUCAAAAAAAAAGUACAUUUUUACAGUCCCUUUUUGUCAUGGUUAUUUGAUCUAGGCCUUCAUGUUUACCAGAACUAAUACUGGCUGUACACCAAGGGAGACUUUUUAAUGCUGUGAAAAUAUUUUAUUCUCAAAUUAGUUUAGGAAGUCCAUCCCUUGGUGUUAAACUCAUUCUUACCCAUUUCAAACCUAUAGGACUAUAAGAUGCUGUUCAUUCGUGGGUUUCACAGUAACUGAGCUGUGUCUCAGAGCAUACCUUCUUUAGAGCUGCAGCCUUCGGGUGAGCUGAUAACUGGCUGAGCAGAUUUCUGGGCUAAGUUCUAUAGCCCAGAGACACAUGGCUUGUCCAGAAAAAAAACAAAACCUGCUUCCAAAGACCAGUGGCCUGGAGACACUGCACAAUGGACUCUACGGGUCGAAUUUCCGAUAUUAAUCCUUAAAGAUCCCCUCACACCUGGUGAGUUUUUGGUGCUGCAAAUGGAAUGGGAUGGCAUGGCGAUCAAACUCUCAAGCCGUGAAGUGAAGGCACAGAUGUCCCUGGGGUGCUAAGCGCACUUAUCACGCUCUGACAACCCAUGAACAGGCUUCAUUGUGCUACGCAGAGCUUGGUUUAAAUUAUCAACAGAGUGUAGCCACUGGUCUUCAGAAGAUUUUGAGUAGACAGCAUCUGGCUCAUGGAAAAAGUGACUUAUCCCUCUUCCACAUUUUAUGACGGUGCAUGAAGCAAGCUUUAAUGACCUGCUCCCUGUCUCGUCUCUCAGCCAAUCAGGGCAGAGGAGGACUGAUGACAUCAGAGACGGCGUGACGUCAGUCACACACACAUAGCCCUCCUUACUUUUUCUCAGGUGGUAGUGAGCACUAUUACUGAUGAAGCAACCCCAUCACUAUAGAAGUGAACCCACUACCGGUGAAGAAAUGUCACUAGUGGAUAGUGUAGUAGAGAUGAUCCACUCCCCACUAUGACAAAACAAUGAUGGAUUUUUAUUUUUUUUUCCCCCUGGAUGAGAAACAACUGUGGCUCUAAGACUACAAGUCUUCUCAAAGGACAUUUUUACAAAUGAAUCCCUUCAUGUGCAUCAGAAAAGUUAACGUACAGUACUGUGCAAAAUUCUUAUCCAUCAUUAAUUUUUAUUUGAGCAAGGGAAUAUUAUUUCUCAGUCAGAAAAUACUGUAGACUAUAGAAGGUGUUUUCUAGUUUUUUUUUCUGUUUUUUAAUAAUACAUCCGAAUUUACUGUACUUUAUGGUUAUAGUCUAAAAAAGACACAGAGAAAUAAAUAUAACUGGUCGUCAUACCAUUGCAAAACAACAAAUCUAAUGGUGGUCUAAGACUUUUGCGUAGUACUGCAACUACAUCCCUCCGUUUCCAUCAAAUUAAAAGUUAUUUAUGAACUAAGAGUGACUGAGUUGGUAAAGUCUGAUGAUUUCUUAUGCGUACAGUACAGCCUAAAACAAACUAUUCUGUUUGAUUUAUCUGCAGUUAAAGUUUAUGAACAGGGUGUUUCUAGUUCUAGUUUUACGAGUUUAACAAGUCCGCUGUGAGUAAACAGUAUACCAUGUACUGGAUCAUUUAAAAGUAACAGACCUUUCACUUAAAAAGUGCUAUGCAUGCUUGUCCCAUUUCUAAUGCAAAGGUGUAGGGAAAUUUGAUAACGUUUGUACCGCUGGUGUGUUCGAUAAUGGUAAUGAAGUAAUCUAUACACCGCUACCUGCAGACGUUUCAGGACGGUCAAUGUUAGUCUGAUGUAAGCAACAUCACGAUUCACAGUACUAAUGCUUCAGAAUUAUUCUGCACGACGCCUUAAAUGCAUAUUAAAACACUCCGUUUCAGACCCUCAACCUAGUGCACGUCGCCUAACAAAUGUCCAAAUAGUUUUUUCCACUGUCGUGCGCUCCACGGUAAAGCGCGAGCUGCCCCCCGGAGCCCAGUCCAAGCGGAGUCCUCGUGCCAUUGGUGGGUGCAAUGCUACGUGGACGUAAGACAGCAACAGGUACCCGCGCAUGUGACCGUUAUCGGUUCAUUCUAGGAAAACAGUCUCUGUCAAGAAACCUGCGUCGUGAGAAAACGACAUGAAGAGUGCAAAUAUUGCUUUUUUUUAAUAGUCCGUCAUUUGCACCGGUGACUUUUGAAACAAGUUCUGAACAAUCCAUCUUAACGGUAAGGCAUCUUUUUCUGUCUAUCGGUUUCUUUUUUCUGCGUUUUUCAGUUUCAGCAAAAAGCUUAUUCACGGUGUGGUUCGUCUGACUCUUGAUGUGGCAUGUCGGCAUUGUCCGGAAAUUGCAAGAGUCGUAUUGUAUUAAGCAACAGUAACCUUUCCUAUUUAUAUGUGUUCAUUCACCUAGCAUUCAUAGAUGCUUUAGAAAAUAACAAAAUGAGAAAGAGUUAACUAAAGUACUGACGUAAAGGAAGUCCUCUAUCAUAUUAAUAUGCAUUACAUAAAUAUCAUUUUCAAGUGACAAACAAGAUCAAACAUUAAACGAUCCGUUCCAAAUGACAUAAAAAUUGUUUAAACCACUAAACGCCAAGUAUUCUGACUGAUUAAGCAGUUUUCAGUUUGUGUUUGUUUAAAUAUAUAUUCUCACACAAACCUGAACGGGCAGUUAGCAGUGUUUCCAUGGUGUUGCUUUGUCAGUCACCUUGCACAUCAGGGGCCUGCACAGGGGCCGUGGGUGGAUCCGGCAUGAAGUCCAAAGCCAAGGGGUCAAAAAGGACAAGGCGCCCGUGGCCAGAGCAGGAGCACCCUGACUUCCCUCUGGAGACGGAGCCGGGCUCCAGCGAGCACGAGGGCUCCGAGGCAUCCCUGCAACUCGAGGGAGCGUGGAGAGCGGCGCGGAAGGAGGGCGGCGCGGGGCCAAGGACACGCCGGCGCCGGCGCCGGCAGCGCAGCGGCGCCAAGGAGCGCAACGUGCGGCGUCUGGAGAGCAACGAGCGCGAGCGGCAGAGGAUGCACAAGCUGAACAAUGCCUUCCAGGCCCUCCGCGAGGCCAUCCCACACGUGAGCCUGGACAAGAAGCUCUCGAAAAUCGAGACGCUCACGCUGGCCAAGAACUACAUCAAGGCCUUGACCGCCAUCGUCCUGGGCAUGUCCGGCGCCUGUCUGCCACAUGGCGAGGGCCAGCCGGACGCCAGCGGCCCCAAGAUCCUGCAGUGUUACCAGCGGCACCUGGAGCACGGGGAUCAGGGUGACCUGGCCAAAUUCCUGGACCGGAUACACAGCUUCAGCCACAGCGGCUAGCGUCAGC